GUGAAGGAGUGAGAGGAGAUAGAAAGAGAUAAAGAAAAGAUGGAGUUAAAAAGGAAGUGGAAAGCAGGAUUACUGGUGUGACAGCACUGGCAGAUGAGCGUCAGCGCAGCGGUGAGAGAGAGAGAGAGAGAGAGAGAAACUGUAGUGGGAAAAGAAAAAAAAACCAUAUCAGUGCAACAGGAUGAGGACCUGCUAGUGCACAGGCGGCCCAACCCCACAGACCUGCCAUCUGUCCCGGCGUUCUCUUUGCGUUCCUGACGCUCCCACCAUCCACCAACAUCUGGAUCAACCCCCAUCCAUAUGGGAAAUAGGGCGAGGAGGGGCCAGAAAACCCAAAUCUUCUCCUCCCCUCAUCCUUUUUCAUCACAGAGGACCUGAGGACGCUCAUCGUCACCGGGGGCAUCCCUUGCCGUGGAGUAACAUCACCUGAGGGGCUGAUACCCAGACCAGAGGGGGGGGGGGGGAACUUUUGCUCCGAACAUGCAGAGGCGUGCACAGGACCCUUUUUUUUAUCGCUAUGUGAGAUUUUUCUAACUUCCCAUGGAUCUGUCGUGUCUUGUACCCCCGAGCAGGGAGAGGGAAAGGGAGACAGAGGAGGUGGAUAGGGGGAGAAAGGAGGAGACGGCGGGGAAGCGUCACUGCCACCGCUGCUGAAGUGUUACCGGUGUUUGUGCUCCUCCGCUCAAGAGGCAUUUUAUCAUUCUUCCAACCCCCCACCCCCCACCCCCCUUUAGCUCCUCUCCUCAUCCGAGCAGCAGGGAGCCUGAGGGAUAGAGACAGAGAGCUAAACACUGUGGGUUUAUGCACAUAUGCACACACACACACUGGCUGUUCCCGCACCUUUCAACACCCUUCUCUUCCCUCACUUUUCCUUCCCCAUUUUUGAUGUCCUGUCUUCACCUUCAUGACCAGUUGUAAAUCUGGAACAGAGGAAGAAGUGCAAGCAGGAGCGAAGAAAGAGAGGAGUUAGAAAAGACAGUUUUUUGGGGGGGGGAAAAACACUUGCUGUCACGUUGUGAAGUUCUCCAGGGGGAGUGUGCAGACAUCCAAAGCUGCCAAACACACACAGUCACUGAUAGCUCACACACACUCGCUCUCACACAGAGAUCUGGUCUAAAUGCAUACUCAUACAGGUGCUGAGAGAGGCAGGUGAAAAACAGGUGAAACAGAAAAAGAAAAACAUUUGGAGGAAACCAGCCGGGGAACGAUGGAGCAGUUGGAUGACAGCAGAAAGCACAGGUAGUAAGCUGCCAACAUGGCCAUUCCCAGGGGUCAGCCUCCUCCCUCUCCUUGGCCUCCUCUCUUCCUCCUCCUCCUCUACCUCCUCCUCAUCUCCUCCCCAUCCCCCCUGCAGGCCCGGCCCCUCCUCCUCCAGCAGUCAAUCAACGUGGCGGUGGUGUUCAGCGGCUCCAGCUACCAGAAUGAGGUCAGAGGUCGUCUCAGCGGGGAGAACUUUGUGGACAUGCCCGUGGUGGUCAGUCCAGUGACCGUGCUGGUCAACGACACCAACCCCCGUGACCUGCUGACUCGCCUCUGCGAUACCAUGGCAACGGAGAAGCUGCACGGAGUCGUGUUUGAGGAUGAUGUGGGUGUUGGUGACGACACUCAGGUGGCAGAAGUGGCACAGAUCCUGGACUUCCUCUCCACUCAGACAGCUCUGCCAAUCGUUGGCAUCAGUGGCGGCUCUGCAGUUGUCAUACCAUUCAAGGCGGAGGGAUCCUCAUUCCUGCAGAUGGGAGCGUCUCUUGAGCAGCAGAUCGUCUGCAUGUUCAAGCUCAUGGAGGAGUAUGACUGGGGCGAGUUUGCGGUGAUCACCAGUUUGCUGCCGGGCUACGACACCUUUGUGGAUAUAGUUCAGUCCUACACAGAUACCUCCUAUUUCCUGUGGAACCUGCAGGAUGUUUUGUCUCUGGAAAUGUCCGUUGGGUCAAAUGAUGCGAGGACGAAGCGCAUGUUGCAGCAGGUGGAUUCUCAGGUCCUGAUGGCGUAUUGCUCCUAUGAGGAGGCACAGUACUUGUUUCAACAGGCUGCUGAGGUGGGUCUGCUGGGGCCAGGAUACAUCUGGAUCAUCCCCAGUCAGGCCGUGGGCAACCCUGAUAGCCCUCCACCUGCCAGCUUCCCUAUUGGUGUUAUCGGUGUGAUUACGGACCAGUGGAGGAAGAGCCUGCGGCAGAGGGUGAGGGAGGGUGUCGCCAUUGUAGCUCAAGGGGCUGAGAGCUUCAAGAAGCUGUACGGGUUUAUUCCUGAGGGACAAGGUGACUGCACCAAACUGGCUAAACACUCAGACAACAAUACUCUGUUCAGGCACAUGCUGAAUGUGACGUGGGAAAGGAAAGAUCUGUCAUUCAACAGCCAAGGCUUCCUCACCAAUCCUUCCAUGGUCCUCGUCGCUUUGGACCGUGACAGACUUUGGGACAAGGUCGGAACGUUCUCCCGAGGGAUCCUUCAGGUUCGCUACCCGGUUUGGCCUCGAUACGGCAGCUUUCUGGAGCAGGUGUCCGAUGACCGCCACCUGACUGUGGCCACGCUGGAGGAGCAUCCCUUCGUCAUGGUGGAGAACGUGGACCCGGGCACUGGCACAUGUGUCCGCAACACCGUGCCCUGCAGGCGCCAGUCCAAUCAAACAGGAAGUGACAUCGGCCACGCGGAGUCCUACACCAAACUGUGCUGUAAGGGCUUCUGCAUAGAUAUCCUGAAGAAACUGUCCCGCACCAUCAAGUUCUCAUAUGACCUCUACUUAGUCACCAAUGGAAAACAUGGCAAGCUGGUCCGUGGUACUUGGAACGGCAUGAUUGGGGAGGUUUUCUACAGGCGAGCUGACAUGGCUAUUGGCUCUCUCACUAUCAAUGAGGAGCGUUCGGAAAUAAUCGACUUCUCCGUGCCGUUUGUUGAGACGGGCAUUAGUGUCAUGGUAGCCCGCAGCAAUGGCACAGUUUCCCCAUCUGCUUUUCUUGAGCCCUACAGCCCAGCAGUUUGGGUCAUGAUGUUUGUGAUGUGCCUGACCGUCGUGGCUGUGACAGUUUUUGUGUUUGAAUACUUAAGUCCAGUCGGCUAUAACCGCAGUCUGGUCAGCGCCAAAACUCCUGGUGGCCCAACGUUCACCAUCGGGAAGUCAGUGUGGCUGCUGUGGGGUAUUGUCUUUAACAACUCGGUCCCCAUUGAAAACCCGAAAGGAACGACCAGUAAGAUCAUGGUCCUGGUCUGGGCCUUCUUUGCUGUCAUCUUCCUGGCUUCCUACACUGCCAACCUGGCUGCCUUCAUGAUCCAGGAGCAAUAUAUCGACACAGUGUCUGGGCUUUCUGACAAGAAGUUCCAGAAACCACAUGAGCAUUAUCCUCCUUUUCGCUUUGGGACGGUCCCGAACGGGAGCACAGAGAGGAACAUCCGCAGCAACUACCCCGACAUGCACAUGCACAUGAUGAAAUACAACCAGAAGGGGGUGGAAGAAGCUCUAGAAAGCCUGAAGACUGGGAAACUGGACGCUUUCAUCUACGACGCUGCCGUUUUGAACUACAUGGCCGGGAAGGACGAGGGCUGCAAGCUGGUGACCAUCGGCAGCGGGAAAGUAUUUGCCACCACAGGAUACGGCAUCGCUCUGCAGAAGGACUCCCGCUGGAAACGUCUUAUUGACCUGGCUCUGCUGCAGUUCCUUGGAGACGGAGACACGCAGCGCUUGGAGACGGUGUGGUUGUCGGGCAUCUGUCAGAACGAGAAGAACGAAGUGAUGAGCAGCAAGCUGGACAUUGACAACAUGGCGGGAGUCUUCUACAUGCUGCUCGUGGCCAUGGGCCUCAGCAUGCUGGUCUUUGCCUGGGAACACUUGCUCUAUUGGAAACUGAGACACUCCCUCCGCAAGUCUCGCAAACUUGACUACAUGUUGGCCAUCAGUAGGGGUAUUUAUAGUUGUUUCAAGGGGGUAGAGGAGGAACCUGGGCGUUCAUCUGGUUUGGCCAAACCUGACCUAACCUCCAACUACGCUCAACAAAACAUGCUUAAGAUGCUUCGCACUGCCAAGGACCUGGUCUCCACUGCCAAUGUUGAGACGUCUCUGGACCACGCCACCAAGACCAUAGAGCAUUUGAGUCGUCAUGGCGGCAGCUUGCCUGUUCGUAUUCCACAAGUCGCCACGGAGACUGUACCAGGAGGAUUUGCCUAUAUUACGGAGAAUCACUGCCCACUAACCCCACCUUUGACCGGUGUUACCUCUCUGAAACUCCAGAGGGGUGUGACCAGGCCAACGCCACUACGCUACACGCUCCCAACUCGCUCUUCUUCAUGUCUGUAUGACCGGCCACUUCCUGUGUCCAGCCUCAGUAGCCCCCAUCUGGCUAUGGGUGAACCACUCCCUCAUCAGCACCCGCACCACUACCAGACCACAGGUAGACUCUAUGUAGACCCCCAUCCUCACUCACCCUUCAUCCCCUACAAUGAUCUCCAACUACCUGACAUCUACGCAUCUCACCCGGUCUCCCUGCAUCAAAACCAGCAAGUCCAUGAGGGCUUCUCCAGACGGAAAAGAAGGUCUAAAAGUUUCCAGUGUGAGGAUGCGAAUGUAGAGGGGAGAAAAUACAGGGACCAGGAAAAGAGCAACAUAAGCCCCGUCUAUCUGAGUGAGCUCAAAGCCAACCACCUCCAAGAAAACCACAUCUCCGCCCCCAGCGUUGACUGCAUCUACUCAGAGGAGGUGAAGUGUCCGCGGGUAGAGAACUACGGCUCCUGGCCCCCGGAGGACAUGGUGGUCAGAGGUAGACGAAGGCACCGCCGCCCUUCAUUCCUUACAACGUGGGGCAGCGAGCAGAUACGUCAGAUGGAGGAAUCCCUGUCAUCCCUGUCCAGCCAAUCACAGUCUGCCCUGCCGGACCUGUUCCCAUGCAUGCUUACUCAGACCGCACCUGCAACCUACAACCCUGCCCAACUUCGAAACAACCUGUGCCUCCCACGGAACCAGGCCUACCUCCACAUAAGGGAGGACCAUAGGAGGCCUAAUGGGCGUAAGGGCCAGAGGCUGCGCUACUCCCACUCCGCCCACCUCCCGACAUACGGAGAGGCAGUGCAACAUGGCAGUGGUUUAGGGCGGGGGAUGGUACGCAGAGCCACCAGCUUGCUUAGCAGACAAUAUGCCCACUACCUGAACUCAUACCCUGGACUACCGCUCUACCACGGCCCCCUAGACCUGCAGCACCACAGCCAGGCCUCCAGCAGCCCUGUGUGCCAGCUGCUGGCUUGUGGUGGUGGGAGAUGUGGAAGCCAGCGGGCUUUGCUGUACCAGGACAGUCUAUACGGAGCCUAUGGCAUCUAUCAGGGAUCCCAGACUGGAUCAGAGGCCCUAGCAGGUCAGCGAGCAGGGGGUCAGCCUUCGGGGAGCCCCUGCGUACUUCGUCCCUGGCGGCGGGUUUCCAGUCUUGAGUCUGAGGUCUAAUGGGAAACCAAAAUAACCUUAGAAGAUGGAUACUGUGGAAUAUCAGAGAACAGGACUCUUAAAGAUGGCCACUGUUGAGAGGGGGAAGUGCUAAGAUAUAUGAAAAGUGGAAAAGUUAUAACUUGAAGUAAUUGUUGAUUUUUUAUGUGACUUUGUGUGGUAAAGAAUAGCAGUUUGGCUCAGCAGAUUUGACAGAUGUUUAGGACUUUUUUGAUGUAUACUACAAUAAGAUAAGAAAACUGCACAGUACCAAUUUAACCUUGAGACAGUUGUGUAAAGCUGUGGGUGGGCAGGUUUUACGUACUUGCUACUUUCCUACAAUGCUUGUGUUUUUUGUGCUUCAAUGUGCACUAAGAUUUACAACAGUCCAGGGUGUUGGCGCAUGGUUAAUCUAUAACCAGAGUUUUCAUGCCAUGUGUAUGUUGUACAUAUUUUAUUGUGGGUGGUUGGGAUUCAGUCUUGGUUGUUGUUAAGUAGAUUAACUGUUUACAACAAGGGUGAAAUAGUGAAGGGAAUAAGGGAUUGUGAUUAUGAAUACCGCCACCAAAAACAAGCAGCCACUGUAGCAAAACAUUGUGUAGAUAAACAUAUGAAGAGUUUAAUUCCAAAAUAACACAUUAAGGAAACAAAAACUUGAGCUAAACCCUUCUUCAAGUCGUCAUAUAUAGGGAAUAAUGACAGGUAGCAGUGGCUUUGUGAAAGCAGUCCAUAUGAACACAAUCUGUAAAAUGAUGAAAGUAUUGGGAAAGCACUGACCAACACUUUGUGUGUUAAACCAUGGAUUUGUGUUCCUCACUGAAUUUCAGUAGGAGGCUGCAGUACAGCACAACAUUGCAAAGGGCCUCACAAUAAAAAUAAAUCAUUUAAAUAAUAUAUCAAUAUAGAGAAGUCUUAUUUGAGACUGGUUAGUGUCAUAUUCAUGUAUUCUACAUAUGAUAGGAAUUUAUUGUCACUCUUUAAACAAUUACAUUUUAGCUCAAUUUUCAUUUUUGUAAGGUUAUUGCCGAUUUACUUUAAUAUUUGUCAUCACUGUAUCAGUUGGCCUAUAUUACGAUUUUCAUCUUUUUCUCAUUUCCACUCUUUUAUAUUCCCCUGUCAUCCCUCUUCUCCCCAACCCCUCUUACUUUUAAAUGAUCCGAUUUGAAUGAGGUAAUGAAAGCUAUUCUAGUAUCUAUAUUACCUAGCUCCCUCACCCUGUAAUGAAUCACUUAGACCAAUUAAAGAGCCUUUUUGGAUGAACAUGCA